GGGGGUCGUUGGGCACUGCGGUUGUGGACACGAUGUCCGGAGCCGGCUCCGGUCCCAGCCGCGACCUUAGUCCCAACCCCAGGCAGUUUUAUGUCUGAAGGGCCUUUGGGUUUUCUUAUCCGAAAGAUGGGACCAGUGAGCCCCUGCCUCGCUGGGUUAUGGUGAAGAUUUAGAUGCUCGUAAAAUGGUUUGGCAUGAGAAGUAAUCGAAAGUGCCAACAUUUAACUCUGCAUCAGGCGCUGUGCUAAGUCCUUCAACUCACUGAGCCUUGACAGCAACCUUAUCAGGGAGUCCCAAGAGACUUCUGGGACUUGAGGCAGGGAGUCGACACCGCGCAAUCUGCGAUCCGUGUCUCAUCACCUCUUCAGAUCAGCCGAUCAGUCGAGGGCGAGGACCAGUAGGCAGCUCGCAAGAUGGGUGAAAGGAAAGGUGUAAACAAGUAUUACCCUCCGGAUUUCAAUCCCGAAAAGCAUGGCUCUCUCAACCGAUACCACAACAGCCACCCGCUACGGGAGCGGGCUCGGAAGCUGUCCCAAGGCAUCCUCAUUAUCAGGUUUGAGAUGCCCUAUAACAUCUGGUGCGAUGGCUGCAAGAACCACAUCGGCAUGGGUGUUCGUUACAAUGCAGAAAAGAAGAAGGUUGGCAAUUAUUACACAACGCCCAUCUACAGGUUCCGGAUGAAGUGCCACCUGUGUGUCAACUACAUCGAGAUGCAGACGGACCCCGCCAACUGCGACUACGUGAUUGUGAGUGGCGCCCAGCGCAGGGAGGAGCGCUGGGACAUGGAGGACAACGAGCAGGUGCUGACGACAGAGCAUGAGAAGAAGCAGAAGCUGGAGACGGACGCCAUGUUUCGCCUGGAGCACGGCGAGGCCGACCGGAGCACGCUCCAGAAGGCCCUCCCCACCCUGAGCCACAUCCAGGAGGCCCAGAGCGCCUGGAAGGAUGACUUCGCUCUCAACAGCAUGCUGCGGAAAAAGUUCCGGGAGAAGAAAAAAGCCAUGCAGGAGGAGGAGGAGAGGGACCAGGCGUUGCAGGCUAAGGCGAGCCUGGCCAUCCCGCUGGUGCCCGAGACGGAGGACGACCGCAAGCUGGCCGCCCUGCUCAAGUUCCACACCCUGGACUCCUACGAGGACAAGCAGAAACUCAAGCGGACGGAGAUCAUCAGCCGCUCCUGGUUCUCCUCCACCCCGGGACCCCGCACCGGCAGCAGCAAAGCCAGCAGCAGCAAAGUCGGCAGCGUCCUGAAGAAGCUGGCCCAGAACCGCAGAUGCGCACCCGUCGGCUCCCCCAUCACCGUAGAGGACCUGGGCAUCGUGCGGCGGCGGUCCCGAGAGGCCUUGGAGAACCUCCGGCUUGCCGCGGAGACCCCCAAGCCUGGGGAGCCAUGGGUGCCAGAGGGGAACACCCAGGACAGGCCCGCAUCCCCCCCAGACUGCUCUCCGGAGACAGCCCAGACCCCCAGGAGCAGGGGACCUCCGGGGCAGGCGGGGAAACGUCAGGACAGACCCCGGUCCCCACCAGGCCCCUCUCAGGAGGCAGCCGCCUCCCAGGACACACCACACCCGGGCACCCUCAGCUCCUCCCUGGUGGCCGAUUACUCCGACUCAGAGAGUGAGUGAGCAGUUCUGGGCACUGGACCUGCUCCAGAGGCUGCGACCCAGCCAGGAGGCCCCUCCCGGACUGCAGCCUUGCUUGCCCCCCCAGCCCUCCGAGCGCUCAGACGCUGCCCCUCCCGAGACCUCGCCUUCCUGCAGCAGUGGAGUUAUUUAUUUGGUCCUGGAGAGGGUGUUUGUGCCUUGUGGGACAACAUCCCAACAUUAAAGCCCUGCUUCUUUG